UGUCUGAGCCGUUGUGCUUCCUGCCGCGGCGUGAUGACGUCAACCGGCUCUCUGCAUUGUUUUGACUCGGUAAAAAUUCCCUAUAAGACUCCACCAAAAAAAGCUUGAAAAACAUAUUUAAGCAGAGAUUUUAAACCAGACUCAAGCUUCGGAUCUAACGGCAGGUCAGAGGUCAUGGAGGAGCAGAGCGGGUCACCAGGGGUCAACACGGACAACAGCAGCCAGCGGAAUGGGGAUGAGCCAAAGCCUCGCCGGAGCAGCUGGACUAAAGGCAGGAGGAGGAAGAAGCCACUGAAGGACAGUAACGCCCCCAAAGCUCCGCUAACAGGAUACGUGCGGUUCAUGAACGAGCGCCGCGAGCAGCUGAGGGCGGAGCGACCAGAAGUGCCUUUCCCAGAGAUCACCAGGAUGCUCGGGAAUGAGUGGAGCAAACUGCCUCCUGAAGAGAAACAGCGGUAUCUAGAUGAAGCAGACAGAGAUAAGGAACGCUACAUGAGGGAACUGGAGCAGUAUCAGAAGACUGAAGCUUAUAAACACUUCAGCAGGAAAGUGCAAGAAAAACAGAAAGGAAAGAGACACAGAGGAGAUGCUGGAAGACAGGCGCCUGGUGAAUCCCUUCAUGAGAAGGAUCUAGAGAUAAAGGAUCGCUCUGUGUUUGAUAUUCCCAUCUUCACUGAGGAGUUUCUGAACCACAGUAAAGCGCGUGAGGCAGAAAUGCGUCAGUUGAGAAAGACGAAUAUGGAAUACGAGGAGCGUAACGCAGCGCUCCAGAAGCACGUAGAGAGCAUGCGCUCGGCUGUUGAGCGUCUGGAAGGAGAUGUGUUGCAGGAACGCUCGAGGAAUGGCCUCCUGCAGCAGCACCUGGACACCCUGCGCUCGGCCCUCACACACAGCUUCUCUGCCGUCCCCCUGCCUGGAAGUGGAGAGAUGCCCACACAGGAUUCCAUCGACUCCUACAUGAAGAAGCUUCACAGCAUCAUUCUGUCCAACCCACAGGAGCACCAACACCUGAUCAGCACUGUCAGGGAUGUAGUCAACCGCCUGGACAGGUAAUUUAGAAGCUCCACCCCCACAUGCUGUUGCCCCACCUCCAUUCCUGCAACGACCACAUUGUCAGAUGUCCAUCAAUUAUUCAAAUGUUUCAUUUUUUUUGUUUGUUUUUUUUGUUUUUUUUUACAAUGCUGUUUUUAUCUGUUCAUUUUUAGCUUUCUAAUUUAGUAGCUGGUGUUUGUCAUGCAUUAAAAAAACUACUAAAGAUCCAAAACCUUCAAGUGAUGGUGCGAAAUCUUCUGCAUGUAUACACGUCUGUGUAUUAUGAUUUUAAACAAAAUUUUAUAUGGUACUUGUAAUUUCUUUUUUAUUAUGUAAAUGAAAUUUAUUUGUGUGAAGAGAGGUAGGUUCAUUUGUAGUUGGUGUCUUUGUUCUGAUUAGACUUUUGAGGCUGAAAUGAAUUUCCUGUAUGUAAACAGUUUGUGACAUUUAAAGAAUACAAUAAAGCUCAUUUACCACAAAUGUAUGA